UGAAGCAGACCUUUGAGGAAGCUGAUAAGAAUGGUGAUGGCUUAUUGAACAUUGAAGAGAUACACCAACUGAUGCAUAAACUAAAUGUCAAUCUGCCGCGGAGAAAAGUCAGACAAAUGUUUCAGGAAGCAGAUACAGAUGAGAAUCAGGGGACUUUGACAUUUGAAGAGUUCUGCGUUUUUUACAAAAUGAUGUCCUUGCGGCGGGACCUGUAUUUGUUGCUCUUGAGCUACAGUGACAAGAAAGACCACCUAACUGUGGAGGAACUGGCUCAGUUUUUGAAGGUGGAGCAAAAGAUGAAUAAUGUGACAACAGACUAUUGUAUUGACGUCAUAAGGAAAUUUGAAGUUUCAGAAGAAAAUAAGGCAAAAAAUGUCCUUGGCGUAGAAGGCUUCACGAACUUCAUGCGUAGUCCUGCUUGUGACAUAUUUAACCCACUGCACCAUGAAGUGUACCAGGACAUGGAUCAGCCCCUUUGCAACUACUACAUUGCCUCUUCCCACAACACAUACCUGACCGGGGACCAGCUCCUGUCUCAGUCCAAAGUGGACAUGUACGCCCGGGUGCUACAAGAGGGCUGUCGCUGCGUGGAAGUUGACUGUUGGGAUGGCCCCGACGGGGAGCCCGUAGUGCACCAUGGUUAUACUCUGACUUCAAAAAUCCUCUUCAGGGACGUGGUGGAGACCAUCAACAAGCAUGCCUUUGUGAAGAACGAGUUCCCGGUCAUUCUGUCUAUUGAGAAUCACUGCAGCAUCCAGCAGCAAAGAAAGAUUGCUCAGUACCUGAAAGGAAUAUUCCGGGACAAACUCGACUUGUCCUCUGUGGACACCGGAGAGACCAAGCUGCUUCCGAGCCCUCAAAGUCUGAAAGGCAAAAUCCUAGUGAAGGGCAAGAAGCUGCCUUAUCACCUUGGAGAUGAUGCAGAGGAAGGGGAGGUUUCCGAUGAAGACAGCGCAGAUGAAAUUGAAGAUGAGUGCAAGUUCAAGCUCCAUUAUAAUAACGGGACCACUGAGCAUCAGGUGGAAUCUUUCAUCAGGAAAAAACUGGAGUCGUUGUUAAAAGAAUCUCAAAUUCGAGACAAGGAAGAUCCCGAUAGUUUCACGGUGAGGGCGCUGCUGAAGGCCACGCAUGAAGGCUUAAAUGCACACCUGAAACAGCAUCCAGAUGUGAAGGAGAGUGGAAAGAAAGCACAUGGACGAUCCCUCAUGACCAACUUUGGAAAACAUAAGAAAACCACAAAAUCACGGUCUAAAUCCUGUAGUACUGAAGACGAGGAGGACACACAGCAGAAUCCUGGCAAGGAGACUGGCCAGCUGUGCAGGUUGGGUCGCCGAAGGAAAACCAUGAAGCUUUGUCGAGAGCUCUCCGAUUUGGUUGUGUACACAAACUCUGUGGCAGCCCAGGACAUUGUGGAUGAUGGAACCACAGGAAAUGUGUUAUCAUUCAGCGAAACAAGAGCACAUCAGGUGGUUCAGCAGAAAUCAGAGCAGUUCAUGAUUUAUAACCAAAAGCAGCUCACGAGGAUUUAUCCCUCCGCCUACCGCAUCGAUUCCAGUAACUUCAACCCGCUGCCCUACUGGAACGCAGGUUGCCAGCUAGUGGCGCUGAACUACCAGUCUGAAGGGCGAAUGAUGCAGUUAAAUCGAGCCAAAUUCAAGACAAAUGGCAAUUGCGGCUACGUCCUCAAACCCCAGCAGAUGUGCAAAGGUACUUUCAACCCUUUCUCUGGUGAUCCACUUCCUGCCAACCCCAAAAAGCAGCUCAUCCUGAAAGUGAUCAGUGGACAACAGCUCCCCAAACCUCCAGACUCUAUGUUUGGAGACCGAGGCGAGAUCAUUGAUCCUUUUGUUGAAGUUGAAAUUAUCGGAUUGCCAGUAGAUUGUUGUAAAGAUCAGACUCGUGUGGUAGAUGACAAUGGCUUUAACCCUAUGUGGGAAGAAACGCUGACAUUUACAGUACACAUGCCAGAAAUAGCUUUGGUUCGGUUCCUUGUGUGGGAUCACGAUCCUAUUGGAAGAGACUUUGUUGGGCAAAGAACUGUGACCUUCAGCAGCUUAGUGCCUGGCUACCGGCAUGUCUAUUUGGAAGGACUGACGGAAGCAUCCAUAUUUGUCCACAUAACCAUCAAUGAAAUCUACGGAAAGAACAGACAGCUCCAAGGUCUAAAGGGGCUGUUCAAUAAGAACCCCAGGCACUGUUCUUCAGAAAGCAGCUCCCAUUACGUUCGGAAGCGAUCAAUUGGAGAUAAGAUUCUGCGACGCACAGCUAGUGCUCCAGCCAAAGGAAGGAAAAAGAGCAAAACGGGCUUCCAAGAGAUGGUAGAGAUAAAGGAUUCUGUGUCUGAGGCUGCAAGAGAUCAGGACAGUGUCCUGAGAAGGACCACACGGAGUCUGCAAGCGCGCCCUGUGUCCAUGCCUGUUGACAGAAGUCUUCUGGGGGCUUUGUCGCUGCCUGUCUCUGAAACAGCAAAAGACACCGAAGGAAACGAGAAAGCUCUGGCAGAAGAUAAGGAUGGCAGAAGAGAUGGGAAGGCAAGUAUCAACAACCAACAUUUCCCAAAUUUCAACAAAAAGUCAUCCUCUUCUUCCAGCGCUCUCCUCCUUAAAGACAUCAACCAAGGGGAAUCUGCCAUUUCUGCUGCCAACUUAUCAGUCACAGAACAGUUGGUACCAGGUCCUAAGAGCGGGAGAACCAAGUCACAUGUGUCAAGUGAUUGUGAGAAACACCAGUACCCCAACAAAUCUCUCUCCCCAAGGCAACAUUUGGCUCGUGAUCCUGUAAUGGGCCUAACACAGGAUCUGGGUGUUAUGAAAACCAAGGAAAAUGGGAAUUCUAGGGACUCUGUGGUAGGGCAAAGUGCACUGUCAGGGAGCAUCCUUUCUCAAAGCAACCUGGAGAUUAAGAAGCUGGGAGGUAACUGGGACAAGGGCAGAGCUGCCACAUCUUUUUCUUUGUCAGAUGUCUCUACACUUUGUUCUGACAUACCUGAUUUGCAUUCCACCACGAUUCUGCAGGAGAGUGAAAUUUCCCAUCUGAUUGACAACGUCACUUUAACAAAUGAGAAUGAGCCUGGCAGUUCCAUCUCAGCACUGAUUGGCCAGCUUGAUGAGACUAGCGACCAGGCCAACCUCACAGUUGUUUCUCAUCUUCAGAGCACCAGUGUGGUGUUGGGCCAUCCUCCCUUGCCCACCAUGGACCUCAAAAUGCCCUUCAAGCAUGGCUUUUCCAGUGGAAAACCCGAGUCAUCCUUUUUGUGCUCAUCUCCUGAGCGGAUUGCAUUCUCGGGGCCCAAGACCUCUGAAUGCACAACACACACAGUUGUUGGUGAAAAUAUCUACACUCCUGUCUCUAAAACCAAACCAGAUGAUGACCUUCCUGGGAAGGCCAAGACGGGGGCCGUGGAGAAUUACCUGCCUCGGUCCUCUAAUACUUCUCACUCCUGGUUACCGAAAAGUCCCACCAAUGGAAAAGACUGGGAAAUACUGAAGAACCGCAGCCCUGCCACUUCCACUGACUUAACACUGGAAGAUGUAAUAGCAGAUCCUACUCUCUGUUUAAAUUCUGGGGAGAGCAGUCUCGUGGAAGUGGAUGGAGACUCAGAAAAUCUGUCUUUAACAACCUAUGACUAUAGGAGAGAGGGCACAAGUCACCUUGCUUCUCCUUUAAAACUGAAGUCCAGUCAGGAUGCAGUGGAACAUUUCCAAAGAGGCUUGAGAAAUGGCUACUGUAAAGAGACUCUCCACCCUUCUGUUUCUGAAAUAUUCAACAAUAUUCAAGAUGUCAAAAGUCAAAAUACUUAUCAACUAGCCUAUCAGGGUGCUGGUUUUAUGCAUAACCAUUUCUCAAAUUCAGAUGCAAAAAUGAACCAGACCUCUGGGCCUCUGUCUAGUGUUCAAGACCUGCAUGCCCCUGCCCCUGAGAAGUCCCCACACCCUCCUCUGCCUGCUCUGAAGCUGCCCAGUCCUUGCAAAUCCAAAAGUCUGGGGGACUUAACAUCGGAGGACAUCGCCUGCAAUUUUGAGAGCAAGUACCAGUGUAUUAGUAAGAGUUUCGUUACCACUGGCAUCAGAGACAAGAAGGGUGUGACUGUGAGAACAAAGUCGUUAGAGCCUAUGGAUGCCCUGACCGAGCAGCUGCGGAAGCUCGUGUCCUUUGACCAGGAAGAAGGCUGCCAAGUGCUGUUUCCCAAGCAGGAUGCCAGUCAGUUCCCCAGGGCGCUGGUCAGGAAGUUGUCAUCGAGGAGUCAGAGCCGAGUGCGCAAUAUUGCCAGUCGUGCCAAGGAAAAGCAGGAAGCCAACAAGCAGAAAAGUGUGACCCCCGGCACUGUGGGAGGAGUGGUCCUCCGAAGCAAACCCUCGGCGCCGGCGCCCGCCGGGAACCGGCACUCCACCGGCUCGUACAUCGCGGGCUACCUGCGGAGCGCCAAAGGCGGCGGCGUGGAGGGCCGCGGCAUCCCCGAGGGCGCGUGCGCAGCCCUGCGCGCCCGCCACGCCGACCAGUUUUGUUCCGAUCAUUCCGUUUUGCAGACGGAGCCGAGCAGCGAUGAUAAGCCGGAAAUUUAUUUUCUCUUGAGACUGUGAAUUACAUAAAGCUGCGUUUUCAAUGUUUACAAGGUAUUCCAUUGUAGAAUGUCUUUUUUCAGUUUUCAGUAAAUAUGGUCCCUGGCUUCGAAUUGAUUUUAAAAUGUAUUUUUAAACUUGCAUUUCCGUCUCCCUUUGACUCCAUGUGUUCUUGUUUAUGCGUUCGUAUAUAGAUUCGGGUGAUGAUUCCCGUGCACCUAUGAUCCUUCCCCCCUGAGGUGUAAACUCUCUUGGUAUGGUUUACGUGCAUGCCUUAGAUGUGAAACUUCGCAGCUGCUUGAGUUCUAACGUCUGUAUGUUUCACUCAGAUGCUCUUUACUCUGUGUCCUGAGAUCACAGUCACACAUGUAGUCAUUUUCACUCUCUGACUAUUGAGUUAGGAGAUUUUUACAAAGGACAAAGGGAUGAAUUCUUUAUUUUAAAGCCAUUGUCUUCGUUCCUGAUUUCCCUUCUUUACUGAGAAGCCCAGAUGCAUUUUUAUAACUCAGUAAUAAAAGCUUAAAAGUUACCUUAAAAGAAGAUUAAAAUAGUUACCUUCCCUUUCAAGAUUUCUCUACCCCACCUAGAAGAAUUCAAGGGAGGUGGGUAGGUACACCCCCAGCACCCUCUCAUUUUAGAGUAGGCAGUGAGGGUAUAUGAGGAAUAGCACAAACUUUUGUAUAUAAGGACAACAUUGUUUGUUUUACCUAAAUUUUGUUACAUAUUUUUGCUAAUGGCUUUGUAUGUAACAAGAACACAGUUGCCAAGCCGUUUGUUGUACUUUUGAAUUUUCUGAUUAAAUGACAGACUGCAAAUAAUGGCUUUUAGAAUGAGGGGCUUCCUGGAGAUGCUAACAAUAACAGUAGCACAAAUUGAAAACUUCCCAAAGCUUUCAAGAAAGAAAAAAUAUUUUCUCAUAAUAAAACCCAAGUGAAUAGAUAAUUAGAAGAAAUCUUUUCCCUUCAGGGAGCCACGUAACUAUAUUUUAGUACCAGCAUACAUUAUUUUCACUGUGAAUCCAUUUUUUAUUGCAUGUUCAGAUGUCCCUCUUUGCUUUUUUGUAACAUACCUGCAAUGAUGUUCUUCUUGGAAUUCAUGGAAAUAUAAUUAAAGGAGAUUUUUAAACACUUGGUGAAUUUUUUAUUUUUUCAAUUGAAGCUCAUAUGAUGACUGUUGAGUAAGGAACCCAGAGUGCUCUGAGA